AUGCAACUUCUAACAUAAGAGAUGGUAAUUUCUUCUAUUUAUAUCCUAGGAUGGCAAACUUAUUCAAAUGUUGAUUUCUAUACUUGUGGAAGCAUUCAAUAUUUUGGGAAAUCUAGCAGUGGCAUUUUUGCAAUUAGUAGAAUACUUUUAGAUCUAGAACCUCAUUCUCAUAUUAUUUUGA